AGGGGCCUCGGAGUCACCCUCGCGGGGCCUCUCGGCCCCGAGGACGCGGCCCGCGGCCAGCCCGCGCCGCGAUGGCGGAGUUCAUCGGCGCAGUGGUCGACCAGCACGGGGGCGAGGACGUGCAGUUGGUCCCGAGGGCGGCGGCCCCGGCCAGCUUCAUCGGCGGCGGCGAGGGCGCGGAUCUGGCUCCAAGGGGAACCUCCUUCAGGCAUGCUGGCGCGGAGCAGUGGCAGCGGGCUCGGCCGAGCCGAAGGAUACAGCACGCGUACAAGGGAGCAGCGUCUCCGGGGCGGAGCGGGCGGAGACGGUGCCGGCCGCGGCGCUGGAGGGGUCGCCGGCCAAGGAUAGAGCCGGCGUCCGCGCGACGCCUCGCCAGCACAGGCGCCGCUGCGGAGGAGGUGCAGGGGUCAGCGGCGGGCGAUCGCGGGGCCCACCAGGAGCUGGGCGUGAAGGCCUCCGACCUCCACAGGGACGACCGCAGGUUCAUCAAGCUCCAGGCCAUCCUCACCGUCUUGCCCCAGCACCUGCUGGGCUGGACGGGCUCGAGCCCUGGCUCGGAGGGCAAGCGUGGCGGCGAGCUGACGCAUGCGGACCUCGUGGAGGCUGCCUUGGUGAAGUCAUGCCUGGACUACCCCAGGUUCGCGAAGGUCCUUGGGCGGCUGGUUGUCGCGCACGCGAGCCAGGACAUGGCCAUCCUCGUGGAUCACGAGGACUUCCAAGAGGACUCUUCACGUGCGUCCGGGGAACCAAUCCUUUCGUACCCCGCGACUUGAGCGACGACGCCCGUGUUAUCAUGGGCCUCCCGCCUGCGCGCGUGGAUGAGGCGAAAGCAGCGUACCGGGCCGUGUGCAAGCGCUUCCCUGGCUACAGGUUUUACGGUUGUGGGCACUCGCUGGGUGGGUCUGUUAUGCACGAGUUGGCCUACGUCUUCGAAAAGCGCCCCGAGUAUCGCUUCACACGUGUGGAUGUAUUCAACGCGGGGGCCUCUCCCUUUCAGCGCAGGAACUCCGCCCUGAAGCACACUGUGCUUAUGUCGCAUCGAGUAACGGGAGAUCUGGUGUCGUACUUCUACGACCCUGCUGGGGGCGCCACGAUUGAACAUAAGGAACGCCCUCAGUUUGGAGGAGCCCACUGGAUGGGCCACUUCCUCCCGCGCCGGCAUGUCGUUGCAGAUGCAAACGGAGGCAACGGAGAUCUCAGCUCAUGCCUGACGCAGUGACACGUCCCAUCUAGCUUCGCCGCCAGCACUUUUGGACUUGUCUCUUCUUGUGCUCUGUUAGGGCGUCGGCAGAAGGGCGUCGGUCGGGCCACACUGUGCCUAGCCCCAUGCUGUUGCGUCCCUCCCGCGAGCUUCGUCGCUGCGUCUCCUUCUCCCGAGCGUUCUAGAUGCCAUUCGCCGGAGCUCGGGACUCCGACCUCCGACGACUUGUUGUUCGAGCCGCUGGCUCAAAUAUCAAUUCGGUCGCGGCUUGAUCAAGUCGUCAGAGGUCUGGAGAUACUUCCUCCGCCACGCCUCUGGUCAAUCUACGUGUCGAUCACUUAUCCUGGCGACUAUAUAAUGUUCGUGUAUGAUUGCUCUAGUUGCCUCUUAUAGCUAUCAUGUGGCCAUUGGAACAGCAAGACUUGAAGCGAACGACGUGUACCUAAUCGCUGGCCGCUCUCCGUAGGUGCUGUUUUUCCCGCUUUGCGAGGCUCAGGGAGGCAUGAGGCAAGCUUGGAUGCGAGGGCGUCCUUGACUUCCUCGUCUUUUUCCUCCUGGUACUCCUCUCCUCCUCCUGCCCUCGUGCUCCUCAGCUCCCCUCCCUUCUCCUGCUCGUUCCCACUCGUCCUGGUCUCUCCUC